AAUCAUUCACGACUUUUCACGAGAGGCGGCGCUGCGGUUCUAUAGGUGGUUAGUUGGACGCUUGAUUUCACGGAAACGCUUACCGCUUAGAUAAACAAAUGGACGUCAACGACCAGUACUUGUACUGGCCUCUUAAAAAGUUAAAGAAUGAGCUGGCAAGUCGUGGUGCAGUUGGAACAGGAAGAAAGGCAGACCUUAUUGAAAGACUAAGAGCAUAUGAUAAAAAUCAGAAUUUCAAAAAUCCUGUUAUCCAUGCUCCAGAGCCAUUGGAGGUAGAAUGGCCUGUUUCAGGGUUUAAACAGUUGAAGAAGGAGCACAAGCUCAUCAUGCCGAAAUUAUCAAGAGAGCAAAUAGAGGCUUAUUUCUUUUAUAGGAUGGCAGUUUAUCUUUUAGAGGACAAUGUGUAUAGUGGUGACCUGCAAUCUAUGACAAAGGGUCAACUGAUGUUUGAAAGCCAUAGAGUUUUAGCGUGUUCUAUUUUAAAAAAUGAUAAUGGGAUAUUUCUUAGUGGUGUGGUAGGAGCAGCUAUGAAGAAAAAGGUAACUUACAACUACAGGUUGAAACUUGAAAAGAGCUCUGGUGAUCCACUGAACUCACAUUGUGAAUGUCCGGCUGGAAGGGGACCACAUGGAUCCUGCAAGCAUGUGGCAGCAGUGCUAAUAAUGAUUAGUGAGUUCAUAGCAACUGGCAAUGUAAAUACAGGAAGGUCGUGUACUGACACUUUAAUGAUGUUUACCAAGCCAAAAUCAUCAUAUAGUGGGUCUCCAGUGAAAGCAGAAAAGUUGCCAACUAAGAGAAAGCUGGCACCAGUUUAUCUUGCUGAUCCUAGACCAAUUAAAUACAGAAACUGCCCAGGUUACAAUGACCACAUCAAAAACACUGUAACAAACUUCUGCAGUGUAUCAUCAAUGGACUUAUCAAUUAGAUACUUGUAUGAAAAAGCUGAUAUUCAGGCAGCAGCCAAAGAUCAUGAUUAUUGUCCCAUGCCUUUUACUGAGCAUUGGGUUGAUAGAGCAAAUAAGGUUACACAAUCAGAUAUAGAUUUGAUUGAGAGGUCUUCCCGCCUACAAAGUUGCAGUCCCAAGUGGUUAGAAGAAAGAAGAUGGAGACUCACAGCAUCUACCUUCGGCGAGAUUUGUAAAGUCACUUCAAGACGGAACACUAACAAAUUUUGUCAUUCACUUUUUUAUGGCUCAAAUAUUCAGAGCAAAGCACUUAGUCAUGGCAAAAACUAUGAAGCUAAAGCAUUGAAGGCUUUUAAUUUAAAAUUUAAUGUGAAUGCUAAAAGAUGUGGUUUUUAUGUCAGUAUUGAUAAAUCUUUCCUUGGUGCUUCACCUGAUGCCAUUUUAGUGGAUGGUAAAGCAAUUGUCGAAAUUAAAUGCCCCUACAAUGGAAGAAAUGAAGAUGUUAAGCCUGGUCCAAGUUUCAAUUUUUUACAGAUGGAUAGUAAUGGCAAUAUUGUUUUGAAAGAGAGCAGUAAUUAUUAUGAUCAAAUUCAAGGGCAGCUUUUUGUCACCAAAAGAUCUCUAUGUUACUUUGUUGUUUAUACCUUAUGUGAUUUGUUUGUACAAAAAAUCAGCCUUAAUGAGGAGUAUUGUAAUAACUGUCUUGUUCCAAAACUGGAGUCAUUUUACCAAAGAGUUUUCAGACCAUAUGUUGCUUCAACAUUGUAAAUUUGUAGUAAAAAUCAUACGAAAUACAAUUAAAACAAAUAAAUAUUUUAUCAAUACAUAUUCACUGAUUACAACUAGUAGUUAUUCAAUUUGGAAUGUCAUUUUAUUUGUAAUUUGAUACAUGUAUAAAAUUAUUUUUCUAAUAUAUUGAUUUGAUUUGAAAAUUAAAUGCCCCUUUAACAAAUCUCUUUGAAGUUUUUUUGUAAUAUGCUGGUUUAUAUCUUUAUCUAAAGUUAAAUCUACCUAUACAAUCAACCAGGAAUGAUAAAAAAAUCUCUCAAAAAG